GAGUCCAGAUCUUACAUAAAAUGGAUGUUUCUCACAUGUUAUUGAACACUAAGUGUAUAAUCUAUUAAGUAAAAUCCAAGCUACCAUGGAAGAAAUACCAAUAAAAGUGGCUGUCCGAAUUAGACCUCUGCUCUGCAAAGAAGUUCUGCAUAAUCAUCAAGUCUGUGUGAGGGAUAUCCCCAACACCCAGCAGAUUAUCAUUGGGAGAGAUAGAGUUUUUACUUUUGAUUUUGUUUUUGGCAAAAAUUCCACUCAGGAUGAAGUUUAUAACACAUGCAUAAAGCCCCUAGUGCUGUCGCUCAUCGAGGGCUAUAAUGCAACUGUUUUUGCAUAUGGACAAACUGGAUCUGGGAAGACAUACACCAUCGGAGGAGGCCAUGUUGCAUCAGUUGUGGAGGGUCAAAAGGGUAUCAUUCCUCGAGCUAUCCAAGAAAUAUUUCAGAGCAUCUCUGAAAAUCCUAGCAUUGUCUUUAAAAUCAAAGUGUCGUAUAUAGAAGUGUAUAAGGAAGACCUAAGAGAUCUUCUAGAGUUGGAGACGUCUAUGAAGGACCUUCACAUCCGAGAAGAUGAGAAGGGGAACACAGUGAUUGUUGGGGCCAAGGAAUGCCAAGUAGAGAGCGUGGAGGAUGUGAUGAGUCUCCUGCAGGUAGGGAAUGCGGCCAGGCACACAGGCACCACCCAGAUGAACGAGCACUCCAGUAGAUCCCACGCCAUCUUCACAAUAAGUGUGUGCCAAGUCGAGAAAAAUGCAGAGGCAGCUGAAAGCGGAGAGUGGUACUCACAUCAGCCUAUUGUCUCCAAAUUCCACUUUGUGGAUUUGGCUGGAUCAGAAAGAGUGACCAAGACCGGGAACACUGGCGAACGAUUCAAAGAGUCCAUUCAAAUCAACAGCGGGUUGCUCGCUCUAGGCAACGUAAUAAGUGCCCUCGGGGAUCCACGCAGGAAGAGCUCUCAUAUUCCAUAUAGGGAUGCUAAGAUUACCCGGCUUCUGAAAGACUCCCUGGGUGGCAGUGCCAAGACUGUCAUGAUCACGUGUGUCAGCCCGUCUUCCUCGGAUUUUGAUGAGUCCUUAAAUUCUCUCAAAUAUGCCAACAGAGCACGGAACAUUAGAAACAAACCUGCUUUAAACUUCAGCCCCCAGGCAGACCGAAUGGAUGAAAUGGAAUUUGAGAUUAAGUUGCUUCGAGAAGCUUUGCAGAGCCAUCAGGCCAGUAUCAGCCAAACUAGCCAGGCGUCUUCAGAGAAUGUUCCUGACCAGAAUCGGAUCCAUUCUCUGGAGGAACAGGUAGCUCAGCUCCAGGAGGAAUGUCUGGGGUAUCAGGACUGCAUAGCGCAAGCAUUUGCCUUUCUGGUGGACUUAAAAGAUGCUGUCAGACUAAACCAGAAACAGCAGCACAAGCUACAGGAGUGGUUUAGCAGGACUCAGGAAGUCAGGAAGGCUGUCCUCACCCCAUUGCCUGGAAACCAGGGCAUUGGGAACAUGGAAGAAGGACCCCAGCAUGUGACAGUUCUCCAGCUGAAGAGAGAACUUAAGAAAUACCAGUGUGCUCUGGCCGCCGAUCAAGUGGUGUUCACGCAGAAGGAUCUGGAGCUGGAGGAGCUGAGGAGCCAAGUGCAGCUGAUGAUGCAGGAGAACAAAGGGCAUGCCGUGUCUCUGAAAGAAGCCCAGAAAGUGAAUAGGUUGCAGGUCUGCUCAAGUCCUCCUAUAUACUCUCUGGAUCAAGUAUUCGCUGGGUUCAGAACUCGAAGUCAGAUGCUGAUGGGUCACUUAGAAGACCAGGACGAAGUUCUCCAUGGCCAGUUUUCUGACAACAGUGAUGAGGAGGACUCAGAGGACCAGGAGAAACCCAGAGUUAGAUCUAGAAGUCACUCAUGGGCCAAAAAGCCAGGCUCUGUUUGCUCUCUUGUUGAACUGAGUGACACUCAGGCUGAGACUCAGAGGUCCUCUCUGGGGAAUGGAGAUUUGAAGAUGGAAUCUCUCCAGGAGAGUCAAGAGAUAAAUUUACAAAAAUUAAGGACUUCAGAACUCAUACUUAAUAAAGCUAAACAAAAAAUGAGAGAACUUACAAUAAACAUCAGAAUGAAAGAAGAUCUGAUCAAAGAGUUAAUUAAAACAGGUAACAAUGCCAAGUCUGUGAGCAGACAGUAUUCUUUGAAAGUGACAAAGCUGGAGCAUGAAGCUGAGCAGGCAAAAGUGGAGCUCACUGAAACCCGAAAGCAGCUACAAGACCUGGAGAGCAAAGACCUUUCUGAUGUUGCUUUGAAGGUAAAAUUACAGAAAGAGUUCCGUAAAAAGAUGGAUGCUGCGAAGCUGAAAGUUCAGGUCUUACAAAAGAAGCAGCAAGACAGUAAGAAGUUGGCGUCACUGUCCAUCCAGAAUGAGAAGCGGGCCAGUGAGCUGGAGCAGAACGUGGAUCACCUGAAAUACCAGAAAGUGCAGCUGCAGAGACGGCUUCGAGAAGAGGGCGAGAAGAAGAAGCAGCUGGAUGCAGAAAUUAAGAGAGAUCAACAAAAAAUCAAAGAGCUGCAGCUAAAAGCUGGACAGGGAGAAGGUCUGAACCCUAAGGCUGAGGACCAGGAUGGAUUUAACCUGAACAGAAGAAAAAGUCCUUUCAGAAGUGGGGACCAAUUCCAGAAGUUGGACGAGCAAAGGAAGUGGUUAGAUGAAGAAGUGGAGAAGGUCCUGAACCAGCGCCAGGAACUGGAACUGCUGGAGGAAGACCUGAAGAAACGUGAGGCCAUCGUCUCCAAGAAGGAAGCCCUGCUUCAGGAGAAGAGCCACCUGGAAAACAAGAAGCUUCGGUCUAGCCAGGCCUUAAGCACGGACAGUCUCAAAAUAUCCGCUCGCCUGAACUUGCUGGACCAAGAGUUAUCUGAGAAGAGCUUGCAGCUUGAGAGCAGCCCGACUGAGGAGAAGAUGAAGAUUGCAGAGCAAGUCCAAGCGCUUCAGGAAGAAAGGGAUCAGCUCCAGAGACAGAGGAACAGUGUGGACGAGAGGCUCAAGCAUGGGCGAGUGCUGUCCCCCAAAGAAGAACAUCUUCUUUUCCAACUGGAAGAAGGAAUAGAAGCCCUGGAAGCUGCGAUUGAAUUCAAGAACGAAAACAUCCAGAGUCGCCAGAGCUCGCUCAAGGCGUCAUUCCAGAGCCUCUCCCGGAGUGAGGCGAAUGUUCUGGAAAAGCUCGUUGGCCUGAAUAUUGCUGAGAUUCGAGCUAUUCUUUUCAAAUAUUUCAACAAGGUAAUUAAUUUGCGAGAAACCGAACGUAAACAACAGUUGCAGAAUAAAGAAAUGAAAAUGAAGGUUCUAGAACGGGAUAAUAUGGUCCAUGAGUUGGAAUCUGCGAUGGAGCAUCUGAGACUGCAGUGUGACCGAAGACUGACCCUCCAGCAAAAGGAACAUGAACAGAAGAUGCAGUUGUUGUUACAUCAUUUCAAAGACCAAGAUGGAGACAGUAUUAUAGAAACACUAAAAAUAUAUGAAGAUAAAAUCCAGCAGCUGGAAAAGGAUCUCUACUUCUAUAAGAAAACCAGUAGAGACCUCAAGAAGAGACUGAAAGACCCCGCCCAAGGAGCAGCACAGUGGCAGCGCACACUGACCGAGCAUCAUGAUGCUGGAGAUGGAGUUCUGAAUCCAGAAGAGACUGCUGUGCUUUCUGAAGAACUAAAAUGGGCAUCUAGAAGUGAAAAUAUAAAGUUGAAUGGAAGAGAAAGAGAAGUAGACAAUUCUUCAAGCAGCUUAAAAACCCAACCGCUGACCCAGCAGAUUCCAGACGAUGGCCCAGACUCACUUCCAGUCCGUGGCUCGUUAGCGCCCUCCAGUGGCCAACUGCAGAGCAUUGCCGAUAAAACAGAGACCCGUCCCUUCACACACUCUCAGAGUCCACCACCACACCAGUUCCAGCCUGUGAGAAGUAUAGGACCGCUUCAGGGGGUCAAGCCUGUCAAACUGUGCCGCAGAGAAUUACGUCAGAUUUCUGCCGUGGAGCUGUCAUUGCGGCGAUGCAGUCUUGGAGCUGGGGGCCGGUCAAUGACUGCGGAUUCCCUGGAAGAGCCCGAGGAAAGCACAGGCACUGAACAAUAAACUUCUAAUUUAGUAAAUGUGUGAAAAGAUGCUUUUUCUGACCUACUGAAUUAAACCUCAGGGUAGCGAGUUCUUUUCUGGGACACAGGAAAGGGGCUUGACACCACUCCUGUGUAUGACAGUGUACGUGGGGGCUUUGUUAUUUCAUAAAUGCAUUUUUGAGUGCUUGUACAUUGAACGAUUUCUACUUGUGUGUAUAAGUUCCUUUCCUGACAUAUUUGCUUUAUUUUUUAUGUACAUUUAAAGAACAAAAUUAAGACU